AUGGCAGAGGACACGAUCACCUUUCUUCACAUCAUUGGAAGGCUUAAGGAAACGGAACGCACGGGUUGGGUUGAGAAUGGCAUUCCAAAACCGGAGUCUGUGUCCGACCACAUGUAUCGCACUGCGGUCAUGUGUAUGAUGUGCCCUGAUGAGACACUGGAACGAAAUAAAUUGAUUCGUAUGGCGCUUUGUCACGAUACGGGGGAGAGCAUCAUUGGUGACAUCUCCCCAAAGAUGGCUGUUUCCAAGGACGAGAAAUACCGUCGAGAAAAGGCGGCUGUUUCACACCUUAGUGGAUUGUUGGGGAAGGAAGUCCCUUUGUCUGCGGAGCUACAGGAGCUUUGGGAGGAGUACGAGGCGCAAAGCUCACCCGAAGCGCGAUUUCUCAAAGACAUGGAUCUUUUGGAGAUGAUCACACAGGCGCACGCGUAUGAGUUGGCUUACCCUGAGAAAGAUUUAAGCCCGUUUUUUGACUCAGGGGAGAAUAUCAAACACCCAUGGGCGCGGAAUAUUUAUGAAACCCUUUUGCGUACACGUCCCUUAAAGAAGCAAAGGGAAAAGGGUGUUGAGGAAUCAAAAUGA